AAGUACACGAAGUAUGUAUAAUACAAACGAGCCUUUCCUUGCUUUUCCCUUUUGGUUAUAAGACCGGGAAGGGAGUUUACCUUUGACGUUUUUAUUCCAUUGUAGUCAAUUCUUGAAAGUCGUACUGAAAGAGGCCAACGUUGCCGCUUGUAUGCCACGGAAUACAGUUUCCGCGAGCAGCUAGUACCUACGACUGAAGAUACCAUACGAAAAACUAAAAUCGGACUUAAAGAGAAAGAUAUUGCUUCAUUGCCAUUUCCGUUCGAUUUUUCCGCGCGUUUUUCUUUCUCUAUCUCUUUUUUCAUAAUGCGACUUCGAUUUUAGCCGGAGGCUACAGUUUUGCCGGUUUUAUCAAGGGAAACUUUCUUCCGUGACACUAUCAGGGAUGUGAUAAUCUGCUCAUUCUUAGAGUGACAUUAAGAUAAUAUUAUAACGAAAAUGGAGCGUGAACGCGGUUCUUCUUCCGCGGUUUUUCGACAGCUGAGCAAUUUUUUUGUGUAUCGAUUUCUCGUACUACUUUACAUUUCACAUAGAAAUAUAAUUUUUUUAAUUAUGAUACAUGUUUUUUUUUUUACUUGCUACUUAUUACAUAAUCUCUUAUUAUGCUUUUUAAACAGAAAUAAAUAAACUAAUUAAAUUAAAACACGCAUUUCAUAGCGAUAAUAAUUCUUAACAACGACAUAAAUGAUUAGAGCAUCUCCACCGAGAUACGCGUGGCAAGCAUACAUUUGCUCUUACUUAUUAUACAUAUAUAGUAUACCAUUUCGUGUUGCGAAUUACGUUUAAUUCGCAUGACAGAGGUGCGAAAAGGUCCCGGCAUAACGUAACUUUUAGCAGCAGUGUACCGACACGACGCAGUCCACAAACUUAACUUAUUAACGGAGACACGUUACACGCAAUUUCACGCGAUCCUGGCGUUGUAUAAUCGCGCCAUCGCGUCGUCGCGCUGAUUUCAAAUAUUUGUCCGAGCCCCGUCCGGAUGCGAUACGAGAGAGACGUGUUACGAGACCGGUCGUUAUGCACGCGUUGUCGGUGGGAAUUGCUCCUCACCGGAUCGCGUAAACGACGUUAUAUACAAACGGCUUGAACCACGAAACCUCGUCGCUGGCAAUUCGCCGGCAACUCCCGGGGAACCGGCGCAAACAUUUGCGCUGGGGGUUGUUUAACGGUCCCCGCGACACACAACGAAAACGAUGCCACCAAACCAAUCCGGUCUUCGCUGCCUUCCGAGUUCGACGUCGCUUAAUCGGACGCCGGGGAAUCCCGUACGUGUCACGUCGCGACCGUAUUUCAGAAAAUGAUCCGAUCGAUUGUUCUUGCUCUCCUUCUGUUCUGCCAAUCGAUCAACAUCGGGAGAUGCCUGCGGGCGAAUGGCACUCUCGAAAUCUCAGAGGCAGCGCAGCGACACAGACUGAGAAGGAGCCUCACGUUUCCCGAUUCGUCUAUGCUUUUGCUGAUUUUCGGUCUAGGCACUCCGUUGCAGUUGGACCGCGAGAGCAUAAUCGUGGGAGUGUUUGCGAAAAUGCAGUACUUCUUGCCGAGGAACGCCACGGAUUUUACGGAGCCGGGGGUGUACUACAUGAGAGGCAGCAGAAGCAGAUGGAGCUUUUACAGGAUGUUCGAAAAGGUGGCGGCCAUGUAUGGGUUCGGUGGCAAAGAAUGUUUACUCAGGGCCAUCUGCGAGGUCGCUUACGUCCCAUUCGACGUCCAUCAUGGCUUGCUGGGACAAUUGGUACAGACCUUUCUUAGGUAAAUGAACCAUGCACUACCGUUUAGGAAAAUCGACAAACUUGAAUUUCAAUUCGCAGAACGCAAAUUGUUUUCACAGCUACAGGUGUAAGAAGAAAAUAAGUCGGGUUUUUGUAAUUGAAUAGAGACGACUCGCCUUUUCUCGAGUUUCGCGUGCUUUAAAAUUGUAUUGAUGGUUAAUUUAUUUUUUAUCCGAUAAAUGAUUUCAUCGAACUUCAAUAAGUUAUUAACUAAUCUUUUUCGGUCUCAAUUUCCACUGAGACUACGUCGACUGUGAAACUUGUUUCAAGAUACGCCAAGUAAAGUGUUCGACGUGUUGGCAUUACGAUGUGUCCUAUAUAUAUUUUUCCGGUGACCCCGCUUAUGUGAAAAAAUGUCUCUAUAAUAUUAUCGAUAUAACCGUUAGAAGCAGGCGUCGCCGGGAAGAAAAAUCGAUUAGUCGCGCCGCAAUAAAACGUCGACCCGGUCUCCCACGCGUAACGUCAAUUACACGCGGACAUAAUGUCACGGCGGAGAUGGCGACGGUAUUUAAUAAACACCGGAUCGAGCACAGGCCGGGAUUUUCCGAUAAACCGUAUCCGCGACUAGCCGAUAUUUUUCGUUUUGCUCGUUUCCGAACGAGCGGCCGCUAUAAUUUCUCACGGCAGCCACGCGCAUAGAUACGUAGGACGCACGUGUGUAUAUGCGGAAUACUAUGGGAUUCCAGGCCCUCCAGCACCCGGGAAGAGUACGACGAGUACGGGGAUCGGGAAUAUCGGGCGGCUGAACGGCUGGGCGAGCAGGCGGAGGGCGCAGGCUG